GCUGAUUGGAUAAAACGCGCCGGGAGUCGGAAACGAGGUUGAUACAUUUUCACGUCGGGGAUAAAGAAUGGUGGCGGGCGCCGGGGUGUUUUUCCGACGGCUCGGAGCGCUGAGCGGGGCUGCGGCGGUCGGGGCGGCCGCCUACGGGGCUCAUGAUUUCCGUCGGAGUGACCGAGAUGACUACUUGAAAGAGCUCUACGAGACGGCCAACAAAUAUCACUUCCUCCACAGCCUGGCCCUCUUGGCUGUGCCCCACUGCCGCUAUCCCGCGAUGGCCGGCAGCAUCCUGUCCCUGGGCAUGGGGAUGUUCUCCGGCGCCCUGUAUUACCACGCUGUGACAGGGGACCCGAUCCUGACCAAGGCGGCCCCUUAUGGUGGUUCCCUCCUCAUCCUCGGCUGGAUCGCCAUGGCCCCUUGACACCCCCGUCCCGUCCCCAUGUGCCCCCUCUCUCCCAUUCCCCCUGCUCCUCAUUCCCCCUCUUAGGCUAGCCAGAAGGGAGCCCUAGGAGAGGAGAGAUCUGACAAGUGU